AUGAUGCUGCUGCUGUCCAUCGCCAGUCGUCUUAUCGUAACAGUCCUCUGGUGUUAUCUCCAUUCACCAUUCAUCCCGACCGUCUCAGCGAGGUCCACUCAGAAUCCCAUCAAAGAGCGUCAUGAGGUACCUCGCGGAUGGCAUCGUGUUGCAAGAGCGCCCAAAGAUGGCCGCAUAUCGCUCCAUAUUGGCCUGCAACCGGAGAGUUCCGGGCAGCUCGAGCGCCACUUGGACGAGAUUUCAGACCCGUUCCAUCAAAGGUUUCGACACUAUCUGUCUGCCGACCAGGUCAAGGAAUUGAUGCGACCCUCGGAGGAAACCAUCGACGCCGUACAUGACUGGCUCGUGGAGUGCGGAAUAGAUGCACACAGCUUCAAGUUCAGCACGGGGAAGGACUGGGUCAUCGUCCCGGACUUGACCAUUGCUGCGGCUGAGAGGCUCCUUCAGACAUCGUACCACGUAUACAGAAAUGCCGAUCAAGAGCUCGUCCGCGCUACGGAAUGGUCGCUCCCGCUCCAUCUGCAUGACAGAAUCGACAUGGUCCACCCGACAACUUCAUUCUUCGCCACCAAGAAGAGCUCACGCCAGGGGCGCAGGAGUGAUGACAAGGUCAACAACGCAUCGACGACACCCUCCUCACUGAACGAUGCCGCAGAGGCCGUCGACGACGGGGUCGCUGCGGCAGAGGGAGUAGUAGACCUCAGCAACCCCCCUAUCGAUUUGACGCCGGAGCAGGCCUGCAAUACAAGCGCUGUGGCUCCCAUCUGUCUCCGUGCCUUGUACGGAACGCUGGGCUACACAGCCCAGGCCCCGGAGACAAACAGCAUGGGCCUUUCCAACUACUGGGGCGAGUUCAACAACCGGUCCGACAUACGCCUGUACCUGGAGAACCAUCGACCAGAGGCUGCGGAUGCCGCGGACGAGUUUGCGACUGUGAACUUCGACGGUGCCGUCAACCAACAGGAGCCCGCCACUCAGUCCCAGCUAGACAGUCGUCAGGGCCGCGAGGGCAACCUAGACGCCCAGGUCAUGCUCGGCAUCGGAUAUCCCACACGCCUGGUGACGUACAGCACGGGCGGGCCCCUACCUCCGUACAACCCCGAGCCCUCGUUCCCAGAAAACACCAACGAGCCUUUCCUGGCCUGGCUGCAGCAUGUCCUCGCCCAGCCCGAGCUCCCCGCCGUGAUCAGCACGUCGUACGCCGACACCGAGUACACCGUUCCCCCCUCCUACGCCAGGCGGGUCUGCAACGGCUUCGCGCAGCUGGGCGCGCGCGGCGUGACCGUUGUGUUCGGAUCGGGCGACUGGGGCGUCGGAGCCCCGGGAACAUGCCACGCGCCCAACGGGACGGCGCCGCGCUUCGUGGCACGCUUCCCCGAGAGCUGCCCCUACGGCACGUCGGUUGCGGCGACGCGGGGGAUCAACCCGCAGAGGGUCGCCUACAACGAACGGAACGGGUUCGUGAGCGGCGGGGGCUUCAGCGAGUAUUUUCCCCGGCCAAGCUACCAGGACCACGCCGUCAGCUCGUACAUGACCCGGCUCGGUGGGAAGCAUGACGGGCUCUACAACCCGCACGGCCGGGCCUACCCCGACGUUGCUGCCAUGGGCUACCGGAUCAUGACGGUAUGGAACGGGACGACCAGGGUCGUGGAUGGGACCAGUGCCUCGGCGCCCAUUUUUGCCGCCGUCGUGGCUCUGGUCAACGAUGCGCUCGUCGCCGAGGGCAAACCCACUCUGGGCUUCUUGAACCCUUGGCUGUAUGCGGGCGGCGGCGCAAAAGCGUUCAGGGAUAUCACGGUUGGCUCUGCCACGGGUUGUGAUACGGAUGGGUUUCCUGCCGUAGAAGGGUGGGACGCGGCAAGUGGCUUUGGCACUCCGGUGAGCUGA